AUGCAGAUGUUUCGGAAGCCGAAGGUGAAAGGCGCCACAAGAAGGCGUACUGAUGGUUGGGAUGACAAUCAGGAUGCAGAAGGAACCACCACCGAAUCUAUCCAGAAAAAGGUUAUCGCGUCGGUGAAACUUUGCGACGAUGAGGACGUAGACACGCUGGUAUCGAAGCCACCUGCACUUCUAAGUUUUGACAACGAUGAAGGAGCAGACGCUGAUUUUGUUAUUAAGAAGAAUAAGAAGAAGGUAAAAGAGCUAAAGAGACUGCAGAAACUAGAAGAGGAAGCGGCGAAUGAGACUGUCAAGGAAGAGGAAGACUUACAAAAAGAAAACGAGAAAGAGAAGUACAAAAAGAAGAAAGAUCGUGAUAAAGAUAGAGAGAAAGAUCGCAAAGAAUCGAAGACCCGCUAUCUCGAUAAGUAUCGUGAUUGCUCCAGCAAGGUGAAGCCUCCGCAGCCUGACAGCGACGAAGAAGCGGAACAUGAUUCUCAUGCAAGGUUUCCUGGAACAUUCGCUUCUAUACCGGAUUCACGUGCCGUCUACGAGGCGAAGAAAAGACGUGAGCGGAUGAGACGAGAAGGUGUUGACGGAAUAAUUCCACUUGACGACGAUCAGAAAUUGGUUGACAAAGGAGCGAGAGCUAGACUAAUUCGAGAAGAUGAGAACGACGACUCUGAUGAAGAAGCGCCAAAGUUCUAUUCUUCGAAAGAUUUGCUUCGUAAUGAAGAAGAGCGUCGGCGAGAAGAACAAGGUCACUUUCUUGAGCAAGAACAGGGAGAUGAGAGGGAUGCCGAUGAAGAAGCCGAUGAAUGGGAAAAACAACAAAUACUUAAAGCAGUCAGCAGGCAUACGAUAGGCCAAAUUCGUGCGGACUAUGACAAUUCUACACGUCUUUAUCGUCAACGAUUGCAAGAGUCUGCAGUACCGGAAGCCAUGGAUAUGGAUAUAGAUAUGGAUGAUAUUGUGGAGAACUUCAGAACGAAAAACAUUGGCGACGUUGUUGAUCGAGAGGAGAGGUUGAAUACGAGGAGGUAUGAGGUGAAGAAAAUUGAGGACACUUUGGAGGAGAAUAAAGCUACUAUUGUUAAGAUGGAAGGUGAUAUACCAGUAUUGGCUAAUAAAUAUGCCAUGUAUCAAGAGUUGCGAGCGUAUUGUCGCAGUCUGCUAGACUGCCUCAAUGAAAAGGUUUCUGAAAUUAACGAAUUGGGCGACAAACGUCAAGCCUUAGCAAAGGCGCGAGUUGAACGACUAGCACGACGUCGGAGGCGUGACAUGCGAGACGCAUAUAGUGACUGUGUGACUGCAGCAGCAGGGAAGAACCCAUCGACAACGAGAACUCCUGAUGCAAUGAUACGGUCCAAACAUAUCAUUUUUCCAAUGGUUUCAGCUGAAAUUGAUGUUGCACUACGUAUGGUGUUCGUAGAUGCCCUAGACGAUUAUGCACAUCUUCGAAAAGUGCUAGAUAGAAUGAUUGACUGGUUCGCUGUUGAUAGUACGACAUUCCAAAAUGCCUAUAUCUCAUUGUGCAUUCCAAAAUUAGCUUCACCUUAUGUAAGGAUACAACUAAUCACAGCAGACAUCUUAAAUCACGAAGUGAUCAAAGGAAUCAUUCCUCUUAUAAUUGAGAAGGUCGUCCUUCCGUAUCUUACAGAUGUGGUUAAUGUUGAGUGGGAGCCCAUGUCACUGAAGCAAUCUAAACGAUUGGGAGCCGUCCUUAGUGGUCUGUCUGAGUAUCCAAAGUUAAACCUCGAAGAUAGCAAAUCGUUUGCUGCUCUUGCGGUGGCUGUAAAGGCAAAAAUUACGGCAGCCAUCGAUGACGACCUUUUCGUACCGAUUUACUCAAAACAUCCUAUGGAAUAUUUUGUCCAAUUUAGAUCGAUCAAAAAUCCUGCAACAGGGUGCUCGGCUUUUUUGGACCGACAGUAUUGGGCCGCUAUCAAACUGAUUCGAGGCUUAAAAGCGUUUUCGUCGUUUCUCAAUCCGGCCUCACGUCUUGAACUUGUACUGGAUGGUGUUGUCAAUCGUGUCUGCGUGGUUGCAUUGGAGACAGGAAUCUUAGAUGAUCUUUCCUGUGAGCGAAAGGUGCGCGCUCUUUUAGCUGAAAUUCCUGAAGAAAUGAUUGAGACUGCCAAACCGGACUCUUUCCGAAAUCUCAUACGCUGUCUAGGAAAAGUAUUAGAAGAGCAGAAGAAUGCAGGAAGGAGCUAUUAUCGAGAGGUACGGAAGUAUAUGGAGAAGUUGCAGAAGAAGGCAGAUGAGUAA